UUUCGAAAUGUCUGCUUGGUCGAUCGACCGAGUUUUAAAGUGAUGCCAAUCACAUCGAUUUACGUCAGAAAGCUUAACAGCUAUCAAUUCUAAAUACCCAUCACUUCAAGCUUUCAGAAAUGUCUCGAAACCCGUCCGAUCGCGUUCAGAUUCGACCGAUAAUAGGAAAACUAGGUCACAGUUUGGAAGAGAUCCGUACCCGAGCUCUGAACAACAUUCUGUCCAAGUUGGAGCACAACUUGGUCAGUGAAGCAGACCUUGUGCAAGAGAAGUUACUACUCGUUGCUCUUCUGGAGUGGUUCAAUUUUCCAAAUGUUUCCAAUCAGGACAAAGUUAUGGCUCUUUUGCUGCGCCUAUCAAGGCACUCGACAGCCUCCCAGAUUCUGCUGGAUGUUGGUGCAGUAACAUUCUUCACUCAACUCCGCUCAAACAUGCCAGUGUCGCUUCAGCCACUGCUGGAUCAGAUUUUAGAGAACUUAUUCCGUCUGCCCGAUGCUACAGAUGACCAGCAAGCUGCAUCAUGUGUCUAUAACCAGAACACUGGAGAUGAUGCGCAAUCCCCACUACAAGCCAACCAGACUAGCCCAGAGAAGAGGUUUCCCUACGACAGCUGGAAGUAUCACACUCCAUCCAAAGCCCAGGCAGGAUAUUUUAACCAGACUGAACCUGAACAGGGUCUUCAUGAUAUGGACACCAAUGGAGAUACUGCUUUUAAGUUUUCCUCCUUCCCGUGGCUGACGUUGACCCCGACUGACAAACAUGUCUUGUCAUCAACAGACAGUUCCCUCUGUAGUAAAGAUGAGAGUCACGUUGUCAGCGCAUGUGAAUUUCUUAGCGAUGUCGUUAUGAAAGAUUUCCCUGCAGAAAUAUUCAUUCAGAGGCCAGCCAUCAUAAAGAGUCUGCUCUCUCUGCUCUUAUUAUCGGAGAGCCAGCAUGUUGUCCUGUGCACCCAGGCUGCGCAGACCCUCCGAGACCUCUGCUCACACCUGCUAGCCAGGUUACAUUUCUACCAGGAUCCAGUGCUGUAUACUCCUAAAUUAGAUGCUUGGUCAAGUCAGGACCUGGAUACGAGUCCGCGGUCAGGACAUCACCGUCCGAUACAUUCCCCUCGAUCCCGAGGUGAUGGCCGUGACCGGGAAUCAUCUUCACGGUCAAGCUCUCGCUCAAGUUCUUAUUCCAACCACCUCGUUCCGGACACCGAAAUCCCGAUGGAAGAGUUAGAGGAUUUGCCAGCGUUACAGUUUGCCCAGAUGUCGCUGCCACACUUUUGUAUCAGUGUGAUGGAGCGGGCCGUGCGGAAACUUAAGACGGAAAACGAGGCAGUGUUUACGUAUUGUUUACAAUUGUUGUUUGAGGUGAAUAAGUUACUGGAGCAGACGAUCAGUCUGGCCAUCUGGGAUGAUAGCAGUACUCCAGCUAGAGACAUGAUGGAGAGGCUGAGUGAAUGCUUUGAGAAAGUCGCGGAUGCUCUUCAUUCACACCGCCACAGUAUGACAAGCAACGUUCAAGGCUCCGAUGUAGUAUUCCAUCGCCUUUCCUAUAUUGGCAGCGCCACCUAUGCAGUUAAUCUGUUAUUACAAACAGUUCCGGUCCAGAAGGCCAAGAGAGUUCUGCCAGAGAGUCUCCUCCCAGAAAUGUUUGCCCUCGUUUUGGAUGAGACGAUAUCAGCUAGUUACCCUGAGAUCCGCCAGGCUAUGGCUCCAUAUUUGGAAAUGACUAGCCAUGAAGAUCAUGUUGUCUACCAAUCGGCUUGUAACGUCUGCCAUUCAAUGAGAACAUCAUGCAAGUUCCUGAUGGAAUCACAGACCUAUAAUGAGAUCACAGCGAUGCGAUGUCUGAUUCUUGCGGAAGGCUCCCUUGCCAGUCUUGCAUACCAUCAGUCAAUGGAACUGGUGGACCAGUCAGUGAAGCUAACAGCAGACAUAUGCAGCUGGCCGAAGUCUGAGGAAGAAUGGCUAGAGAAGUCACGCAGUCUGCUGCUGAAGCUGCUUGCCUUUCCAGUCCUUGCUAUAAAGCUCCAGGCCUACAAGAGGGUGCUAUUGAUUAUCAAGAAUGCCCUUGAUAUUGAGACGGCCAGUGAUCCCAACUCGAAGGUCACCCAUCGCGCAAUAUUCCUCAUUGACCGACUUGUGCUCUAUGAAAUCUGCUGCUUUGGAAUGACUGACAACAACACUAAGGUGUCGAAUGCGUCCCAAGAGAUCAUGCUCCAUCUGCUGCAGAGCCAGCUUCUCCUUCCUGAGCAUCUCUGGGCGAAGCUCCUCCAAUGUAUCACCUGUAUUCUGCCCGUACUGCAGGGCUUUGCUGAUGUUCAGAGUACGUUUGGUCAGUGCAUCAUGGGUCUGUCAGAACCCGAGCCUCACACUGAAUCAGCUGUUCCUCCAAGACUGGAGAGGCUGAGGGGAACCCUCCGCAUGAUGUAUUCAACUUCGAGUCGAGUGCGCUCUGACGCCCUGACGCGUCUGGCAUGGUAUCUAAGCCGAGAAGAAGACGCCUCUAGGAAGCGGCCAGCAUUCAGCGACCUGGAUAUCACAAAGCUAUCAGAUGUCUUUGCCCUGGAAUCUCCGCUGACUCUGGAACCAACUGGGAGUCCUCUCACUGUGUUUUCUUCUGAUGAGAUGUUGAAAGUGUUUGAGAUCUUUCACUCCAACACCGUGGAACCGAAAGUGAAGAAGUCAGCAGCUGAUCAGCUUGCUAUCAUGUUGCAAGAUUCGACUCUUCAUAAAGCGUUCCUGAGAAAAGGCGGUUUCGAGAAAGUGGUCGAGAUCCUGAAAGAGGGUGUUACAAAACCCUCGAGUGACCCGGAGAGACAAGCGGACAUCGUAGCGACUGUGCCCGCCUGCCUCGUCAUGCUACAGUAUGUUCUUUACUACGACAGCAGUCUUCGCCAUCGCCUCGCUCAUGAACCUGACAUGUACCUCCCGAUCGUUAGAUGUUGUUUCCUGUUCCUUGGCAACGAGACGGUCCGUGGAGCAGCCGCAUCCUCAUUGGCUCUUCUACUCUUUGAUGAAGUCACGACUCCCGAUACAAAGAAUGAGGGGAAUUUCCGCUACAUAGGAUUCCGAUUACCAGCCUUCAUUACAAACAGGUACAAGUUUCCGUUCAAGACGGACAUGUAUGACAAAACCAGCAGCCACUGCAUGCCGCUGGCCGCAAGUCCUGACCCGCUACUCUCACCUCCAGUAUCAGAUAUGUUGAAGAUUGCAUGGAACCUGGCGUGGCAUGGUGAUAUGAAGCGACUCCUAGAUCACUUCAGUCACGACAAGAGUUACAUGGAGGAUGCUGCCAAUGAAUUUUCUCCUCAACUGAAGCUGACUGCCGUCGAUAAGGUCAUCCUACGAACCACUCAUCUUCAGCACGGCAUCAAGGAGGCCAUAUAUGGUGUCUGUAACGCCUCAUCUCACAAGAUGGUUGACGACAGCAUCCUCAGGAUGAAGACAUAUCUGAUCAUCAGUUCACCUUACGUCGGUGCCCAGUUCGUCACCAAGGCUAAUCUAAUUGAUGCAUUCAAGAGGUUUCUUUUGGUGGUGCCAGCCAGCAGCAUGGAUGAGAACCUCCUGGCCGAGAUCCUCUGUGUCUUCUCACUCCUCAGCCAAUGGACACCUCAGCUGGACAACAAAGUCAUCUCCUGGUUGGAAGAGACGUUGGAGCAUCCGAAGGGACCCAUCUUGACCUUGAUAAGUCGGCCAGAGGUCAAACAUGACGCCAUGGAAAGGGUCAUUGAGGCAGCUGCUCAGAGUAAGAGACAUUUAAACCGCUGCCUCCUGUUGUUUGUGAAUGCCUGCGUGGGAAGAUUAUCAUUUGCCAAGAUCUACAAGAAACAUCACAAGAUCAAUACGAAGGACCUCAGCAAGAACCUGUGUACCAAGUUGAAUGUUGGGGACGCGCCAUAUUUCUACAACCUGGCAUCUCUGGAGAGUACGAUCCAGUGUCUCAUGCACGUUACGUCCAAACCAGGCUGGAGUCUUUCAGCAACUGAAGAAGAACGAUUUGAGAUCUGUCAUCACAUCCUCUCGUGUCUCCUCGAGGUCGUCUCGGCGAUACACCUGGGGAGGGCCGACUCUGCUAUGUCAUACAUGGGGCGCGGCGUCUCCAAGAAUGCCGCUUUGUGUCUGUGCCAUCUGUCGCAUGAGAUGCAGUCAUUUUCAAACAAGCAAUGGCCUAUGAAGUGGUUGCACGCCACCAAGAAGUCGGAACAAGGCGGUGGUCAACCUGGACUUGAUUGGCUGCUGCCUUUGUGGGCUUACAGGGACCCCACGGUGCGGGCGGCUGGACUUGGCAUUGCUGUUGGCAUGACGACCACAGAAGUCGGACGUGUUACCAUGGUGACCUGUUGUCAACAUCUUCCUGGUGGAAUUUGGGGCAUUGCCCUUGAGAUACUAUUGGAUCAGACUGAGUGCAGCAUCGUCAGAAAACAGGCUGCCCUUCUCCUGACCAACCUGACCUCCCAGCCCAUGCCGAGUGGUAUGAUGGAAGCUAUUCAAGAUAGGUGGACAGGACCAGUCAUCAGGAAUGAAGACACUGGCGUGUCCCUCGCUGGAGUAUCUGCCCUCCUGAUUCUGCUACAUCAUAGCCAGUUCUACCACGAGUUGCUGACGGUCCUGUCCAACUACUACACUCAUCCCAUCAUACAGCCAGUCUGUAUCGCUGGCCAGUUGCCGUCAGUUGGCUCACAGUCGACUCUCAUCACUUCAGCAUCUUCCUCGAGUCACUCAUCAAGCAACCAGAGUGCUAUUGCUGUGGCCAAUACUACCGUCCAGGAAUCAAUCCAUAAGGUGAUGACAUCGACACCAGCCGAAGGUGGCAGUGUCCCACGGCCCCCCAGCUCCACCAGAGGCCCCAGUGGCAGCUCCGCGUCUUCCAUAGGUCUCAGUCCCUCCUCUGACAGCAGGAGUGCCUCGGGGGAAAGUGGCUCAAGCAAGGGGACUCCAAGAAAUGUUGCGACGCCCCCAGGGAACAGACCAGGGUCAAGGCAAGCCAGGGCUUCUCCUCGGGGAAUGCCUUCUAAUGGCAAUGCAAGGAUACCAGGUCAAGGCCAGUCGUCCAGAGAGGGAAGCCCAGGCUCCCAGAACACAGACCAGACAGAAUACCAAGCAGUAGCAGCACCGUCUCUCAUCGCCUCCAUCUGUCGUCUGCUGUCCAACCUCAUCACCUUGGCAACGGAGGAUAGUCUGAUGUUCCUGCAUAGAGAGAAUAUCCUGCAGUUGCUCCACUGCAUGUUGGAAGAUGAACUCCUUGAUGCCUACAUCACAGAGAUUACUGCGUCUCCCGAGAAGAGUUACCUUCUGUCAUUCUCGGCCAUCAUGGACAUGUAUGCCAGCAUCCUGACUCUGAUGAAGACUUGCGCAGCACACGAUGGCGAGUACAGGGCAGAACUCAUCUCCGACACCGAGAGGAUGAAGAAAAUUGCAAAAUUACUGUCUGUGAAAAGUGAAGCACAUCCUGAGCUACAGCCAGCAUGCUAUCUGAUGCAGACGUCCGUCUAUAAUCUGUUCACAGCCUUGUUGACGCUCAGUCCCCAGGAUGCUCUGACUGACCUCACACCUGUCUUUGUGGCCAAUUGGGAGAUCUUUUGCGAGUCUCUGACCACUAUCAUUUCAUCCAAGGAACCACUGGACCUGCGUGUGGCAAGUUUGAAUUUCCUUGCGACCCUCAUGAAGGAGGAAGGGAGGAAAAACAAUGGUGUGGAAGAAUUUACAGAGGAGCCAACUGUUGGUGACAUGCUGAAAUCAGUCAGGACAUCCUGUCUCAUUACUAAUUCCUCAUCAGCCAGUGGUGCCAUCUUGUGUGAGACCUUGGUAGCAGCCUAUGACGUCAUCGCCUUGAAGCCGACCGAGCAGUGCCAGGUUGAGAAGUUGGCUGUGAUUGGUGGCCUGAAAUGUUUGUUGGCCGUCAGUGCCGAUGCGAAACAAAAUGCUUUAGAUGCUGGUCUUGUCGAGAGUAUAUCCGAACACAUCAAGCACACCCACACCAAGCUCAGCGCAGAAGCUGUGCAACUCAACAGGACUGCCGCAUCCAAGAAGAAGGACGAGACUUUCAUGUCAGAGUUGAUUCUGACCUAUGACCUUGUAAGGAACUUCAUGUAUCAGAAUGAAGAAAUCAAGAUAUCAUUCUACAAGUGCAACCUGAGUAACACGAUCCACAAACUCUGGGCAUGGUGUCAGAUGGAACCAAAACUCAUGACUGCAACAUUGUCACUUCUGGCAACAUUUACAGCUAGAUGUAACUUAGCGUGUAGUUCCCUUGCGUACACUUCCCUCGGGGUAUUAGCAGAUCUUCCCAUGAUGAAACCUCAGUUGAGCAGUAACUCUCUCAUCCACUGCCUCAUCAAGCUGGCGAGUCGAGAGCAAUCCAAGGACAACCAACAACACAUCAAGAUGAGCUUCAGUAUCCUAGCAACCGUCAGCUGCAUGUCGGAAUGUAGAGGUAUUCUCUGGAAGAGUAACUUCCUUCACAAAUUCUCCACCCUCGCCCCCAACAAGAUGAAGAAACAGAAAGAGAAGUUUGCACAAGAACUCCGGUGGCUCCAUCUUAUGGCAAAUCUGUCAUUCACAAAUGAAGGCCAGCAGAUGAUCAUGAAAAUAAAAGACUCGGUGGACCUCCUCCUUGAAUACUCGAGCAGUACAUCUGCUCUGUGUCAACACCAUGCUGUACUUUCUCUCAGGAAUCUCUCUUUCCAUUCACUCAAUAAACCAAAACUGUUGGCAAACGAAAAUGUUAUUCCUUGUUUCCUGAAGUGUAUCAAUCAUGGAACAGAGGGAGUGAGAACGGCUGCUGCAUCAGCCCUCUGGGCACUAAUCUACAAUAAUCAGAAGGCUAAAGUUGUCAUGAAGAACUUCAACGUCGGUCGCCACUUGAAUGGUUGUUUGGACAAAAUGGCAGAAAGAGGAAACUUCGAGGCUCAGACUUUCACAAACAUUGAGGCUGUUCUGGCAACCCUGCAGGAGUAGUUCUUAGAGCCAAUGCUGGGAGGACAGCCCACCAAAAAUGGUGUUAUUAAUACAGAUGUUCAUACUGAUGGCAGACUGAAGCGGUGUUUAGGCCCCCCUGCCCAAAAAGCUAGUUACUGGUCAGAGUUUGGCUCCGUGUCAACAUAAGAUAAGAUGUGACCCCUGGUUCUUAAUUAGAUUGUAUAUUUUUGCCGUAUGAUAUGAUACAAUAUUGUACAUCCUUGAACUGACUUUUGGGGCUGGAUCCCAAUGUUGUUUAUAUGAAAGAUAAAA